AUGGCUCCAGCAGCUUCAAGUUCGACGAAGAAGGCCUCGAUGCCGCCGGAGAGGAAGUACAAGUGCCAGUUCUGUCACCGUGCGUUUAGUCGGAGUGAACAUCGCAGUCGACAUGAAAGAUCUCAUACCAAGGAGCGUCCGUUCAAGUGCCUCAAGUGUAGAAGUACGUUUGUAAGAAGAGACCUGCUUCUUCGACAUGACCGCACAGUCCACGCCAAAGAUGGUGGGAUCCCUCUAGUUGCCGAGGGACGUCGACGUGGUGGAAAGGCCGCUGCAGCUGCCGCCGCCGCUGCUGCCACGAAUGCAAACGCCAAUACUGCCACCGCUCCACAGACGACCACGACAGCGGCCAAAGCUAGUCCGCCCAAGUCAUCUGUCACCAUCGACCCGGCCGCCCUGGAACAGAUCGAGGCCAGCAGUGACGGAAUGGUGGACCUGGAGACUGCUGCUAUGCUCAUGACCGACUUCCAGCACAAGGCUGCCGCCGCCGUCACCUCGAGUCAGCACCACAACCACGGGCACGCCCAAGAGUCCUUUGCGGAUCGCGCCAGCCUCAUGGAACCGUCGGUCUCGUACAUGUCCGGUAACGCUACUCUGCCCCAGAUGCCGUGGGACACCUUCAUGGCCGAUGUCAAGCCCACCAAGGAGUCGAGGGCCUCGCAACCCGUCUCUUCCUACCCAAGCACGCUCCAGCACCAGACUUUGGUCGCUCCAACCAUCGAACGAAGUGCCUCAAGUGAUAACUUGACCCCCACCAUGCAUUCCCUCGUCCACUCCCUGCCUGUCUCUGGCAACUCGACUCCCAAUGCACUCUCGCCUUAUCCGUCCAUGACCGGACCAGUCUCCCCAGUCAACUACAGACGGUCUCCUGGACCCAGCCAGAUCCUCACUCAGCCCAAGACCCCCCAGAUCUCAAGCGAUGCUGAGCGACAGGCGAUCGUUGACCGUCUAGAGUCAAGUGACAACAUGAACAUUCUCCCAGAGACCUUCAAGAUGCCAUCAACCGCAGUAAUGAAUCGGUAUCUAUCCACCUACUUCAACAUGUAUCACCACCAUUUGCCGUUCUUACACCCAGCAACUUUCACUCCCAAGGAUGUCUCCUCCCCGCUCCUCUUGGCGGUAUUGUCGAUCGGUGCUCUGUACACGUUCGAAAGGGAAGACGCCUUCAUGCUCCAUAUCGGCUCCAAGAUGCUUGUCAACCAGUUCCUCCAGCAAAAGGAUAACUUUGACUCAAGAAAAUGUCCCCUCUGGGCCAUGCAGAGUACCUUGCUUAAUAUGAUCUUUGAGAGCUGGAGUGGUGACUCCAAGGGACUGGAGUGGACUUGUUCUAUAAAGAGUCUGCUCGCCAACAUGGUCGCCGGCAACAGGUACCAGCUCAAGCUCAGAAUAGAUGCUCGCGAAGGCUCCACCCCCCGACACGCCGAGUGGAUCGAGGACGAGAGCUGCCGACGGACCUACUAUGCCGUCUUCGUCUUCUUUGGUAUGCUCAGUCUUACCUUCAAUCACAACCCAGCCCUCACCUUCAAUGAGUUUGACACUCUCGAACUCCCUUCCUCGGAGUCCCUCUGGAACCUGGAAAUCUCCAAUGAAUACACCUGGCGUCGGGCCCUGGGAGGCAGUUCAAAGAUCCUCACGUCCGACAGGCCCACGACAGCCUUUUACGCGGCGAGCCACACCCCUCAGAAGGGCCACCCGCUCAUCUUCAACUCCAUGGCCGUGUACCGCAACACUCGCGCCCGUCUUGAAGUCGAUCUCAAGUCCAUCCAGGAGGCUCUUCGCUACCACUCUCCCUACGAAGUAGCAGCAGCCAUGACCGUAGCCCGCGAAAAGAUCAAGCGAUCCCAGGAAAUGAACAAGGUAGUCACUCAGUGCUUCGAGUGUAUCGAGAUUGCUGCUGUCCAGGGUUUGAACUGGGUUGCCACUGCUUCUGCCACAAACUGGAGCAUCGAGCAUCCGCUCUGCGGCAUGGAUAUGAUGGUCAUUCUCAGCCUCUGGCUCUACCGUCUCGAGCAUGACGAGGAACAAGCCACGGAAGAUGAACUGGAGCUAUACUACAAGAUCCGUGGUCUCUUCACCAACGAGCUGGUCGAUCAGCAGGGCAAAGUAUGCUCUACCGUUGCGCGUGUCUGGGGCAACAUCCUCGACGGUGUUGUUGUAUGGGGAAUCACCAAACUCAUGGGCGAGGCAUUCAAGCUCCACUCCCAGGCACUUGUCGGCUAUCAAGACGCAGUCGCCAGCCCUGAACAGGCCCUCGAGCCAAUGCCAAUCAAGGGCCUUGCCAGCGUUGGAACCGCCUACUGA